GGCUGCUGAGGCUUCGUAAGUUAAAUUAAAGACAUCAAGUUUUAUCCCCACAGUAACACAUAGUCAAGGUUGUUUUUUGGGCAGCAGCCACAAGAUCUACAAAAUGAGAUCUGUAAGUUUAUUGCUGCUUUUUCAUGCUUUGGGCGUCACCUUCUCCGAUGACUGCGUCGAUUUGAGUUCUUCCUGUGAUAUUUUCAAACGCGAAGGCUACUGCGAUGAGAAGAUCAGUGACUGGAUGAGAACGAGCUGUAAGAAGACGUGCGAAGUCUGCGAAACCGAUGGAGGCAAUGGAAAUGGAAAUGGAAAUAGUGGAGGCCAAUGUGGAAAAUCGGCCGUUCAACAGUCACGCAUAAUUGCUGGUUAUGAUGCUAAGCCAGGGGCAUGGCCUUGGAUGGCCUCGUUGAUAAUGCUGUCUCGGUCCCAUAUUUGUGGAGGAUCUCUGCUAAAUACGAGAUGGGUUUUGACAGCCAGCCACUGUGUCGUUGGAACGGGGGCGGACAAAAACAAUCUGGUGAUCAAAUUGGGAGAGCAUGAUCACUUGAAUUCAGAUGGAUCUGAACAGACAAUCUCCGUUGAAAAGAUAAUCCCCCAUCCACAAUUCCGACGAAAUAUCCUUCAAAAUGAUAUUGCACUGAUCAAAUUGAAAACACCAGCAAAACUCACUAAACGUGUGCAGACAAUCUGCUUGCCCAAAAAAGGCUCAAGGCCAAGAAUAGGAUCUCGAAAAUGUUACUUAUCAGGUUGGGGAUCGAUCAAACAUCCAGGUGGAAGUUACCACAAGCUGCAGCAGGCAAUGUUGCCAGUAGUUUCAGAAUCUAAUUGUUUUAACAGAUCGGAUUUCAUUUGCACUGGUUUUGGCAAAUCAAGUCUUACCAAUGCAUGCAGGGGCGACAGUGGUGGACCAUUUUUUUGCCCGAAGAGUGACGGAAGCUGGGAACAACAUGGCGUUACCAGCUUUGUUGUGGAAUACUGCAAGUACUACACUGCAUUUACGCCUGUUGGUGACUACAUCGAUUGGAUCAAUAAAUAUAUUAAUGCAUAGCGUUCUUUUUGCGAAAUUAAUCAUGAUCAAGUGUGUGUUAUUAAAGAAAGGUAACAA